AUGGCGAAGGCAAAGAAGCUACCGGAUAGCACAGUCCUGACGUAUCGCACGGUGACCUAUACGCCAUCCUCUCCCAUCAUCGGCGCUCGCAAGAACCGCAGGAGCUUGCAUUACUCGUUAGAAGAGUGGGCAGAGGAUGAUGGCGAAGAUCUUGCCGGGAUGCUCAAGAGGUUACCGACAAACCAUGCACGAGCGGUCACUGAGGCGAGAAUCGCAAAAGACCGCCAGAGCGUUCUUCAGCAAGCGAACAAAAACCAUAGCCAGCGGCUCGCCAAUGCGGAGACGCAGAACUCAAUUGACCGAGUAGUCGUCGGGUCUGCGCUCUUGAAAGUGGAAGCUUGCGUCGAUUCCGGAAUCGGGAUGUUGAGGCUUUUCUUCUUGAAGCAAGAGCUUCGUCGUGGUUCAGGAAGCCAGAGGGAGUCGUCCGCUUCGAAGGAGCGUGGGUCUUCAGCUAUGCUGGUACAAGCUCGCUGGUCUGCCGCUUCCAUGUGA